GAAUAGGCCAAUCUAUAGAUAAAAUUUAGAGAACUACACCGAUCAACCAACCACAAUAGCAAACAGCGAAGCUGCUCUAUUAAAAUCGCAGAGAUGCCUCAAUCACAUCCAAGGGGUCGCUUCCGUUUCCUGCGCGUAGCGACGGCCGGCAUCAUCUCAUUGUAUAUCGGUCUGACCGCGUAUGAGCACCAGGAGAACCUCAUCCGGGCGCUGAUCUCGCCCGCGGUGCGGCUGCUGCCCGCCAGGACGAGCAGCAAUUUGGCCCUACUGGCGUGCAAGUAUCGCCUGCUCCCCGCCUCGAAGUAUAAGGACAACGUUAAUCUGAACAGCUCGUUCUUUGGGCGGCACAUAACCAAUCCCAUUGGACUGGCCGCCGGGUUCGAUAGGAACGGCGAGGCAGUGCACGGACUGAAGGAUCUUGGGUUCGGCUUCAUCGAAAUUGGCAGCGUCACACCAUUAGCCCAGAAGGCUAGUCCCAGGCCCCGUGUCUUUCGUUUGAGCGAUGAUCGGGCAAUUAUCAGCCGGAAUAGCAUCGAUAGCGAUGGCCAUCAGGCUGUUGUCCAGCGACUGCGCAGAUUGCGCGAAACGGACGGAUUCGACGCCGUUGUGGGCGUCAAUUUGGAGCACAAUUUCUCCUCCAAGACGCCUAUCAGCGACUACAUGUCCGGUGUGAAAACCUUCGGGCCAGUGGCUGACUACCUCGUUGUCAACUACAGCAAUGCGAAAGGAAAGCGGCACAGCACCAGCAGCAAGAAGCAGCUCAUCGAGCUUCUCGAGGCUGUGAACACGGCGCGCGCACAGCUGCGUCCCAACAGGUAUGGGAAGGUGCCCAUUCUGCUGAAGCUGUCACCCGACAUGACUCUUGACGAGAUGAAGGACGUUGCCAGUGUCAUCAGCAUGAGCACGUGUCAGGUGGACGGCCUGAUCGUCGCAAAUGCGACGAUGCUUCAUAACAGUAUCAGCGGCUCCAGGUGGUCCAGGGAAAAGGGAGCGCUCAGCGGGGAGCCGCUGCGGCAGCGCUCGACGAUCAUGAUCGCUCAAAUGUAUCAGUUGACCAAUAACAGUGUACCCAUCAUUGGCGUUGGCGGCGUCUCGUCUGGCCACGAUGCGUAUGAGAAGAUCGAGGCGGGCGCCUCCUAUGUACAAAUCUAUACGGCUUUUGUGUAUGAGGGGCCCGAGCUGGUGGAGCGCAUCAAGUCGGAGCUCUCAAUUUGUAUCGCUGAGAUGGGCUACGAAAAUGUCCGAGAGGUAGUGGGUUCAAAUUAUGAGCAAUAUCUGCCUGUUCGAGCUGCAGGCAGUAGAUAGUUAAUUAAAUAAACAAAAUUUUAUGUUCCACACA